AUGGCACGCAAAAAAAAUCGUAUAGUAGCCGGGAACGAGGAUGAGGAGGUAUCCGGGAACGAGGAUGGGGAGGUAUCCAGGAACGAGGAUGAGGAAUACAAGGAUGAUGGUGGAAACCAGGAUGAAGACGAUGAUGGUGGACACCAAGAUGAAGAUAAGCAGACAAAGGGCAAGAAAAAGAAAUGUAACAUAGGUUCACAUUGUGAACCUAAUUCCAUCAUUAAGGCAGUUGAUGCUCUAUCAGAUUCUGCAAAAUCAGUAGUGAGAGCUUCUGGUUUUGGUGCCUUUCUUCGGAUGGAUAUUACAACUCUUUAUUCCAUUGAUACUAUCAUGUAUCUGAUGAACAAUUGUGAUGUGAGCUCUGAUGGUGAAUCAUUCACCGUUGUUGUAUCAGAAGACAAUCAAAUAGAGGUCACACCUGAGUUUGUCAAAGAAUGCUUUGGUAUCCCUGAUGGAGACAAAUCACUAGAGGAUCACUGGGGCAAUGAGUACAAUAAGUUUUGGCAACGCAUGAAAGAUCUUGGAUAUGCAGUCACUGCUAAAGUGAACUCUAGAGGUAAAAUUCAAGAGAACAAGAAACUCCCCAUCACCGAGAUAAUCGAAUACAUCAAAACUGUGAAAGAUAAGCAUUCGGAAGCCCGUGCUUUCUUCAUGAUUCUGCUAUGCAAGAUGUUGUUACCCACUCAGAGCAAUGUACCCACUCCGCAGCACGUGGGGAUGUGCUCGUACAUUGAUGAAGCCAAAAGCUAUAAUUGGUGCAAAUAUAUUUGUCAGAAUCUGAAAAGUAAGAUCUCUACAUGGAAGCAAAGGGAGAAACAACCAUCAAAAAUCGAGGGGUGCGCACUUCUGCUGUUGAUGUGUUUGCAUCAAGCUCUUAAGCCGCAACUUGCGCUGGAUGGUACACAAGCUGAUCCACUCAUCAAUCGCUACAAUGACAAAACAAUUGCAAAACUGGUCAAGGGCAUGAAUCUCCGGCAAGAGGUUGUCAAGCACAAGGACAACAUAGUCAAGAAACCAGUCCAGAAACCAGCAUCCCGAAAGCAAAAGGUUGUCCCUCUGCCUGCAACUAAAGGACCUUCCAAAAAUCUAGAGGACCACAUCAUUGAAAUUGCAUCUGUGCAACACUUUCUCAAUGAAAGUGAGGUUGACAAGGAUGAGGAGGGCAUCCUUUUAAAAGAAAUGAAGAGCUGUCAAGACAAGUUGAUGGAAGCAUUAAAGGAACACCAGAUCAAAAAUAACGAAAAUUUAAAGAAAAUUGCGGAGGAACAUUCAUACUUGUCUAAGAUGUACAAAGAAAUCAAACGCAGGCGGGCCCUAGUUGAAGAUGUGAAAAUAGAAGAGCAGAUGAAGGAAAAUUGUGUGGUGGAAAUAGAUGGAGUUCAGAUAAUGGAGGAUAAUUUUGUUCGUAUCUUCGCACCAGGUGGUCAUUUGCACGAUGACGUUGUGGGAGUUCUGAGGUUCAUUUGGAUGAAAUCAUGGGAUGACCAGAUUGUUCUUUCAAUGGGUGCUGUUGAACAAUUGUUAGGGAUGAAUAAAAGAUCUGGUUAUCUUGAAAGAGAAUUCAGAAGCUGUGACAUAGAAAGACGAAGCUGUGACCUAAAGAAAACAAUUUAUGUCCCUUUCUGUAAGGGAACACACUGGUCCCUGGUUGUGGUAGAACCAGAUUUAGAUGUUAUAACUGUAUUUGAUUCCUAUUAUGAUUUGGAGAAAAGCGAAGAAAAUCAUCAACAACUGAUAAAUGCACUUAAAAACCAUCUUGGUUCACUAGGCCUGCAAGGUCCAAAAUACAUCAUUUCAACGCCAGAAGUUCAGAAGCAAAAUAACCUUGACGAUUGUGGUUUUCAUAUGCUUAUGUACAUAAUGCAAUAUAAGGAUGGAAACUACAACAACAUUAGUGAGGACGAAAUCUGCAUGUGCCGCAAACGGAUUGCGAGGUUCCUCCUUGAACAUGAAGACAACAAGUUCAGGGGUGCAUUUUCAAACAAGCAUGUGAAAACGACGAAAAAGCAACCAGAGAAAAAAGCAACCAAAUCGGAUGAGGACAAGGUCAAGGGGACCAAGGAUGGGGACAAGGGGGAGUUCCAAAGAAUCCAGGGGGAGUUUCAAAGAAUCCAAGCAACCUAUUCAAGACUGGAUGGAAGAAGUAUCCCAUCUGCUCUGGAUUGUUCAUUAAGGAGAAGGAUGAAAGUCCAAGUAGACCGCUCAGCCUCCCCUUUCACAAAACCAGAUGGUAUAACCCAGAAUCUGGGUGAUAAAGAUAUGCGAUUGCAACUCUUCAACAAGAUAAUUGACAAUGAAGAAUUGAGCAGUGUUUCGUUCUUGAGUCUUCGUCACAAGGCUAGAUUAACUGAUCAAUGGCAAUUAUCGGGACAUGAUAUUUCAAAAAACUUUGGGGAGAAAAAUUGUUCUGAAGACACGGUGUGUGUAGACACGGUGAUGUCAUUUUACAUACGAUGCCUCAUUGCUGAUGAAACGGAACAUGGAAGUGCGGGCUACAGGAUCUUCCUUGAUCCAAAAAUUUCUGUAAGUGCAAAUUUUGCAAGCCUGGAAUUGAUCUUGGUUGACACGGAUAAUUAUAAUGCUGAAAAUGUUGCUGAAGAACUCAAGUAUUGUUACAGUAGUCAGGAUAUUUUGAGAGCGAGGCAUAAUCACUGGACACUAUAUGUCAUCAACAAAAACUAUGAACAAAUUGAUAUACUGGAUUCGCUUGCCAACAAAAAAUAUCACUACAGCAUUGCUGGGGCGGUAAGGACGAAGCUGAGUGCUGUUAUUUCGUUGGUCGCAAAGGAACACCCUGACUUCUCAGAUAGUCAUAAACUUGAGUUUUUUGAACUUGGAGCUGAUUGGAAAUCUGGAGAACUUAGGAUUGAUAAUUUGUGGUUAGUCGUCCCAUGGGCCGACCUCCUGCCGGAAGCGUGCGACCUCGUCCUGGACCACCUCGACGUCAUCAGCGAAAAUUGA